GUGAAGGAAGGCAGCCAAGGCGAGACAUUUUACUGACUCCCCAUUCCAGGUGUUGCCUACAAUGUCUAGGGGCUAGGUGAAGGACAGAGGUCCGCCCCUCUUCUCCCUCUCUCCCUAUCCCUCUAUCCAUCCCUCCAUCCAGGGUAGGGCAGACUACAGGGGGCAGGUCUCCACUCGCAGGGGAGACCAGAGGGGAGGCGCAUCGCCGGAGACCCGCUCAAACCCUCUCCUGACGCAGACAGACCGACAGACGGACGGAGGCAGGAGGCAUAUGCUGAAGCAAACAGUUGUGCGCUCGCUCUCCGUUGUGAGCCGAAUUCAGAAAAAAAAGAGUUCUAUUCCAAUACAGUGGAUCCGGGGUUUUUUCUUCUGUUAUGCGAGUGGAUUUUCUUUGGAAGGAAUACCGUUUUUAUUUGAAUAUAAACUAUAAUUAUUUGAAUUUUUUUACCCCGUUAUAUCGAGCUGCAGUGAACUCCGGAAGAGUUGAUAAAGGACGCACAGUCAGGAUGUCCCAUAUCUCCGUUAACGACCACCUGGAGGGCAUUUUAUCAGACUUCGAAGCUUUGAAAAGAUCCUUCGACGUCGAUGACGUGGACGAGCUUCCUCCCUUCUCCCCCUCCUCCCCCGUUCCCUCCCCCCUCUCCUCCACCUCCCUCCUCAACAAGACCAACGAGGGUCGAGGGUUCCCCACCUCCAGCCACGGCUCCCCUGCCUUCCGCUCCCGGAUCAGUCUUGGUACCAACCCCAGCCCCGCCCAGAGCCCUGUAUUCAAGUCCCGUAUGGUCUCCAGUCUCUCCUUCAACAGAGCCAUGAACAGACCUACCAUCAACAACAAUGGCGGCAGCUCCGGAGGCAUCGCCAGAGCCUCUUCUUUCCAGAACAAGUUCAACCCGAAGGGUUUCUCCUCCUCUCUCUCUGGCCCAGGCAGCGACAACGAUAGUCUCCAUAGCUCCUCUUCUAGUCUGGAGUAUUCCAUCCAGGGAGGUGGAGGAGAAGGAGGAGGAGGAGGGGUACCUCCAGGCAAGCCAGGGUCUCUGUCCUACUCCACUAGCCCACAGAUGGAGCAGCGUCCUGGGCAGCAGCGUGGCGUGGGCGUGGGGAUGGGGAAGCGGAUCUCUUCCCAUGGGAGUGUGUUUCACUCUGAGCUAGAGGGGCCUAUAGGGCUGGGAGCUCCAGAGCCCAGGGGGGUGAGCCACGGAUCCAUGCCCAGUCUGGACCUCCAGAUCGGGGAAGGAGGAGGCGGGGUGAUGGGGGUGCGGGGGGCUGGAGGUGGAGGGGUGAGGUAUGGCAACGCCAAUGUCGGUUUGAAUGGCGGAUCGCAGCGCCAUUAUAACACCAGUCCCUUUGGCAAGGAAGGAUGCUACACACCCAAUCGGAACCACAGCAGCUACCAGGCCCAGCCCAAACCCAAAGAGACCCAGCGUCUCAAUAAGUUCCCCCUGGAUCUAGACAGUCUGGUGGGGGUGAAGACGCCCCAGCCCAGCCCCCAUCAUCCCCCCUCAUCUGACCCCCCUAAACCUCCCCCCAGAGCCCAGUAUCCCAGCAGCCUCUCUGUCUCAGCUAGUCCCUCCCUCAGCAGUCUAGACAGCUCCGGUGGUGACCUCACUCCUCUUCCCUCCGCCAACCACCACCUCUCCUACAACAACAACAACCCCUCCCUCCCCCGCUCUCCCCCACCUACCUCCCCCCCGGGGGCCAAGCCUGUCCCUAAGGUGAGCCAGUCCCCUGUCCCCCUGUCCCCCGCCCAGACCCCCCAGCUCAACCUGCUCUCCCGCAGACCUCAGGUAGGACACCUGGCCCUCUCCACCCCCCUGCCACUGGAGCACACCCAGCCACAGGAAAUGAUAUCAGAGAGAGAAAGCGUGGGUUCCAUCCUGCAGAGGAUCGCUUCCUUCUCCCGUCCCGACGCCAUGACGACCACCAGGGUUCCAAGCGCCGCCGGUGUUCUGAGCGGGGUUGCCCUUAGCAACGGGGUGAAGAAGGAGAGCCCGCCACCGAUGAUGCGUCAGGAGCGUGUUUCCUCACCUCCACCAUCACCUCUACCUGUGGCGGUGCAGAGACAGGGGCUAAAGAGAGUGCAAGGUAAGCGUUUUAAAUGUACAUGGUUACUGGCCCAACGCUCAUAACCGCUAAGCUAACUGCCGACCACGUAGGUCAUUAACUAAUGUUUUCAUAGGAAUGUUCCCAUGGUGUGCAAGGAAUGUUUCCAAGAGACCAUUCCCUACAUGUCAAAUAGAACUUACCCAGAACUUAAGAUACUAAAGGUACCAGACACAUUUCAAGAAUAUUCAUGUGAUCAGCUU